UUCUUAUUCUUUACUACUACUCACGGCAGAUAAACCCUGAAUCUAGGGUUUCAUCUUUAUUCAACUCAGAGAUUUUGAAAAAGAAACAAGUCAAAUCAACAAUGGCUUGUCACGGUAUCCCAGAUUUAAAACCAGAAUGGUUAGGAGCAUCAGGAAAAACAGCAGAGAAAAUAAACCUAUUAACACUCCAACACAAGAUGAAGAUUGAUCCAGAAGGAUAUGAAACUGAGUUAACUCUUUUAUAUAAACAUUUUGAUUCAUUACUUCUUCUAUUUCAGCAGCAAUCAGCUUUAAGUUUUUCAUCUAUCAAUGGUGAUCCUACUGUUAGUAAAGACCUUGGUGAUAUGGCUAUGUUUUUAGCUCAUGUUACUCCUUAUUAUCCAACUCAAUUAUCUGACUAUCCUAGUAAAUUAGCUGAUUUGUUGCGCUCGUCUGCAAAGUCUUUGCCAUCGUCGCUGAGAUGUCAUCUUACGAAUGCUUUAAUUUUAUUAAUUAAUCGUAAGUUUGUUGAUAUUGGAGAGACGCUAGGGUUAUUUAUGGAGCUUCAAAUUUUAGGAGACAGGACUUUAAGGAAAGAUGCGUUCUUGCAUGUUAUUCAUAGUAUUCGACGGAUGAAUCAGAAGCAUAAGAAUGAAACUCAGAAUCGAACACUUCAGAAUAUCUUGUUUACAAUGCUACAGGAAGUAGAUGAAGCAAAAGCUAAGAGGGCUCUGAUUGUGCUUUGUGAUCUUCACCGAAGAAGAGUUUGGUUUGAUGAAAGAACAGCAAAUGCAAUCUGCGCGGCUUGUUUUCAUCCAUCAUCCAAGAUUAUGAAUGCUGCUCUGUCGUUCCUUCUUGGUUUUGAAAAGAUCGAAGAGGCAGAUGAUAGUGACGUCGAUAGCAGUGAAGAUGAGAAAAAUCCCCAGGUUGUUCUUCAGAGGGAGGAUGUCUAUAAGGCACAUCACAAAGGUACACUUGCUAGCAAGAAAAAAAAGCAAGCAAAGUUACAACGUGCAAUCCGCAGCAUGAAAAGGCAGCAACGUGCUAACUUAGAAAAGGAUACACCGAAUCACUAUUCACCACUUAACCAUUUACUUGAUGCUCAGGGUUUUGCUGAGAAGCUAUUCUCCCGUCUCCAGACUUGUAAUGAACGGUUUGAGGUGAAGAUGAUGAUAUUAAAAGUAAUUGCGCGGACUGUUGGACUCCAUCGCCUGAUUCUGCUGAAUUUCUAUCCUUUUCUUCAGAAAUAUAUCCAGCCUCAUCAACGUGAUAUUACCGAGUUGCUUGCAUCAGCAGUUCAGGCUUGCCAUGAUAUGGUUCCCUCCGAUGAGGUUGAACCAUUGUUUAGACAAGUUGUUAACCAGUUUGUGCAUGAUAAGUCUAAAACAGAGGCAAUCGCUGUUGGACUGAAUGUUUUAAGGGAAAUUUGUCUCCGUGUUCCGCUGUUAAUGACAGAAAAAUCGCUGGAAAAUAUGCCGAAAGAUCUGGUCCUAUAUGGGAAGUCACGUGAGAAAGCUAUUUCUACAGCUGGUCGUUCAUUGACCACUUUAUUCAGAGAGAUAUGCCCAUUAUUGCUGCUUAAGAAGGGCCGUGGUCGCCCUACUAACCCCAAAGCACAGCCAAAGGCUUUUGGAGAAGUGAAUGUUGCUAGUAAUGUGUCUGGUGUUGAGCUAUUACAAAAUGACUCUGGUGAGGAUGAAGAAAAUGAUGGUAGUGAUUCAGAUCCAAGUAUGUUUGACAAUGAUGAGGGAGAGGCAACUGUGACAACCGGCGAUGCACAUACUCAGCUCAGCGAGGAAGAUAAUUAUGAAAUAGUAGAAAGUGAUGAAGGUUUCGAUGACGAUAAUGAAAGUGAUCAGAGUGAGGAAGAAGAAUUUUACGGUGAGGACGAGGACGAGGAUGAAGAUGGCAAUGGGGAUGAAGAAAUGGAGAAUCUUAACAAAUAUAAGAGGAAGUUUAGUGACAAUGCUGCUGGGGAAUUGAAUGCUGAUACAAAUCUUCGGGCUCUAAAGAGGAUUCCAGAAUCAACUAGGGAAUUUGAAUCCCCAGAUUUGACAGAUGGUAUCCUAUCAAAUGAAGACUUCAAACGGAUCAGAGAACUGAAGGCAAAGGAAGGAGCCAAGCUUGCUCUAGGCCAGCAUGGGCUGUUAAGAAAGGGCCAAGAAGCAAAGUCACCUGGAUUUAAGAUCCCGACUUCCGAGGAAUUAAGUCGUAAGCGAGUUAAUCCAUCAGUGCUUGAGACUAACAUAAGAAGGAAAAUGACCAAAGAAGAGAGGCUAGAAUUAGUUAAAGCAGGAAGGGAAGAUAGAGGAAAGUAUCAGGCCCGAGCUGCCAUAAAACAGAAGAAGACGGGUGGUACCAGCAACAAGCAAAAGGAGCACAAGAAGAUUAUGCCUAAAGUUGCAAAGAGAGCUAAGAUUGUACGAUCUCGACAAGAGAGAAAGAGAUCUAACCGAAAUGCUGGCAAACAGUUCAGGGGGAAGAAAGCACGGAAUUAGCCCGGAUUUUAUCAUUCUAUAAAAGAAAUCCUGAGAAAAGAAGUUGACCUGAAAUUGAGAUUCGCAGUUCUAGUCGAGUAUACGUCCUUUAAAGUUGUUCAUAGCCACAGCUCUAUAUCACUUGAGGAAUCAUAAUAACCAAGGUUGCUAAUAGGGGACCGGUUUACUUGGGGUGUAUCAAAAUACAAAUAAGACAAAACAACAUCCAAGCAAAUUGGUACCCCGAUAGCAGUCUUGAUAUCAGCCUCCACUCCCACUGAGUCAAAAUGACGAAACUUCUCAAAUUCUUUGAUCACAACAAAAUUUUGAAUACACGCAAAUCUAAAACCAUGCCUAGACUUUAGGUGGUCUAAAACCAUGUCUAGAAACCACCUAAAACCAUGUCUAGAAACAAUUGAAAAUCUUAAUUGGUUUGGUCUUAAUCUAGGCAUCCUGUUUAUCGAGCAGUUAAACAUCAGAUCCAAAUCUAUUUACAUUUUGGCAGCAGAAAUUAUUCUGUAUUUCUGACGCCGUUGGUUUUUACAAAAAAAAAAAAAA